AUGGCCGAUAAAUCUAUGGACAAUAUUGAGUUGAAGGUCUUGGUGAACAACGUGAGCAACAAAGUGAUCUUCGUAGAGUCUGAUGGUGAUUUUAUUGAUGUUCUCUUCAGUUUCUUGACAAUCCCUAUGGGAACAGUUAUUAGGCUUUCCCAUCGUUUACAACCCUUGGGAAUUGGUUGCAUGGACAACAUAUAUGGAAGUGUGGAGAGUUUUGACUCACAGCUUUUCCGAACUGAAGAAUGUAGAGCCAUGCUGUUACGUCCCCGCAAUAGGACAGAAUAUCUCUUGGACAACCUCAAACUGAAAUUUGAUGAUUGCGAAACCACGCGGUACUUUAUGUGUUCUAAUCCACAUUGCAGAACUUUUCGGAACAGUCUUGUUUUUAGUUAUUACCAAACGGUUCGUUGUUGUCGUUGUGAACGUCUAAUGGACACGGAGACCACCCUUCCAGUGUCUGGUGCUGAAGAUGGUGAGGUCUUUGUAAAAGGUCCAGCCAGAUUUAUAAUUAGUGAUGAUUUACAAGUGAUGCCCCCAUUUACUUCUACAAGCUCUUCUUUAGUUAAGAACCUAGGAUGCACGGGAUGGAAUAGUAUUGAGGAGUUGACAGUCAAUGUAGGAGUUGAUGAGGUUUUGAAGUUGCUUAUGUGCUCAUUAGUAUCAAAGAUGCCGUUGACUGAAACUCUGCUGAAGCAUGAACCCCUCCCAGAAUUGAGCAAUGAAAAUGUUGAUCAAGAAAUAUAUGUUGAAUCUCGAAUGUUAGGAGACGCCACGAAUGAGGAAGAAGAAAAGAUUUCUAUUAAGCUCAUAGUUAGCAAAUCUAGGAAGAUGGUUUGUUAUGCAGAAGCAGGGGAGGAGUUUGUUAAUUUACUCUUCAGUUUCUUGACUGUUCCACUCGGGUUUAUUGUGAAACAGAUGCAGGAUAACUCAAUGAAAGGAUGCAUUGAUCAAUUGUACAAAAGUGUCCAGGAUCUUGAUGAGCAAUGCUUGAAGUCAAAUAACCAUAAGAAAAUGCUAGUGAGUCCCAAGCUUCUCCCUGGAUUUGGCUAUAAGAACCAUCCUUUGGGAAUAGAGGAAGCCUCGUAUCGGCUGGCUGUUGAUACCACCCUUAUCCACUCUAAUAAACAAGUGAAAUCAGUUGAAUUCAUAGACCCCAAAUCCCACCGUAACAAAGAUGAUGACGCUCUUGGAUUUUUGAAAGGACCGGCAAUGUUCAUGAUAACCGACAGUCUCAACGUAAGUCCGAUCUCUGCAAUUCUUGGCCUGUCAAUUUUAUGCGAAUUGAACGUACCUGUCACUGACAUUGAGGUAAAAGUUGCUCAAGUGGGCAAGAAGGAGGCACUCCGUCUUUUGGUGGCUUCUUUUUAUCUUACCAUCGCCUCGUCUGCCGCCAAUGCUGAGGCUGAAGCAGCCCUUCUUGGCUGUCGUCUGGCUACUGAGAGAAACCUCCACCAUCUUCAGAUCGAAUCAGAUUUGAGAGUUUUGGUGUUUUGGUCCAAUGCAUUCAGGGGAACUUUCGCAACAGUCAGUGGUAGGGAUAUAUUACUCACCGGUUCAAUUGCUAGUGGAGGAGGAAGUUUAUUCUGA